ACAAAACAUAAAAGGGAAAAUUGUGAUUGAAAAUUUUCAAUCAAGAAUGACAGAAACAUUUUAUAGCAUUUCUUACUUUUAUAGUCAUUCCUUUCCAUCGGAUGUCAUGAAGCAUUUUAUUUUAAUUUACUCUUUAAUGGGCCUCCUGCGACAAGCACUUAACUCAGGUAUAUCGGGGAACAACGAUGAAGUUGAACAUUAUAACAAGAAUCAUCAGUCAGUAAAAGCUAGAGAUAGAGCUGAAGAUGUUUUUUUUUAUAAAGAAAAUAAAAAUAAAAAACCUAGAUACGAAUAUCCUAAAUCACCACAGGUGCAGGUGUCUAAAGAAAGUAUCGUUGUUCAUUUGAAUAAUAACAAUAAUGUAAAUAAAGCAAGCGAUGAGUAUGCCCCACUAGAUUAUUCUAAUGAAGAUUUGAAGUCAGAUCAGUACAAAGAUAAUCUUGCCGAUGACCAUCAGAAUAAUUAUUUUGAUAACAACGAAAGUGUCGAAGAUUCGUCAGUAGGUAUUCCCGAUAACGAUCAACAGGCAAAUGAUCCAGAUAAAAAAGAGAUUUCGAAAAUUUUUGAAAGGUUCGUGGAAGAAAUGAAGGCUGGGGACACAGCAGAUCUUCUUGGAUAUAAUAAACACAUAGAUCAAGCUCCGACCUACACGGACUUGGGACGCAGAUUCGUACCCCAGUACAAAUACAGUGAGGUAUACAAAGAGACGGCCGCUGAGCACAAUGAUGAUCUAAUACCGGAGAAGGCGCCUCCUGAACUGGUGUUGGUGGUUGCAAAGGAAUCCGCAUUGUUGGGACCGGACAAAGAAAAUGAUUUAGGAGAUAUUGAUCAGAAGAAAAUAUUGAGAUCAGGGAAUUACUGGAACGCUGUUUGGAAAGAAGACGUUAACGUCAAAUCUCCAUUGCGAUCAGCUCCUGAGAAGAAAGUAUUGGGAUCAAUUAAAGCGAAAAUUAAACCAGGAACCGAAUUUUACAAGGUGGUGUCUCGAAUGAAGAAAAUGUCACCGCGACUGCUCUAUAUUAUUAAUAAAAAACUUCAUUGAA